AGAUAAGCCUACGAAAGUAAAGAGCCCGCUGGGCCGGAGGCCCACUUAUGACCUAUCUGGGGCAUAACCCAUGAUUAGGGUAAUAGAAGCAAGCCCAUGAAAGGCAGGUGCCUAUUGGACAUCAAGCCCAUUUAUGGCCCAUGAGGGCAUAACCUAGGUAGCUAUGAAGGAAAAGGGGGCGCAUGGCGACAAAAUAGGCUCGCAGACAAGGAAGUACGGAUGGGCAAGGUCGGAAGGGCGCCACGAGGCCAGUGGUCCCCCUAUGCGCCCCGACGUGGAAAACGGACAGUGUGCCACGUGUAGACGCGUAGGCGCCAGGGCAGACCAGGCAUUUAAUGCUAGGCUGACGUAAGGCUUGGUGGCAGGAGUUGGUCGGAGCUUGGUCGAGGAGCCCGAGUAGUAUAAAUAGCACUUGGUAGGUAG